GGCAGUACCAGGGGCUGGGUCGACCUUCACACUGUCUGGACCAUCGGCGUCACGGUUCUCGACCGCGUCUAGCUCAUUUCCUUUGGAACAACGCCUGGGCGAGCGAGGAUAUAAAUGUGAUGAGAGCCCGUCUGACUGAUUUUAUUUCUUCCUCAUCGGUUCUAUCGACCCACAUUCUUUCGUGCUCUCCAUUACAUUCUUUCUAUCCCUUACCUUUAUUCUUUCGUUUCUUCACGACUGUGUCGCGCAGGUAUUUGCCUUGCAAAUCAUUACUCGAGGCUGGUCCAAUUUAACAAUUCUACAAUAUUUAUUUUUUGAGCUACGGAAACCACCACACCUCCUCAACAUGUUGUCUUCAUCGUUCCUUCUUCUCCUCGUAUCAGCUGGACUCAUCGAGGCUAGCCCUCUACAGGAGGUUGGACCUCUCAACAAGCUUCGUCUGCGGGCUUCAGAUGCUACCGCUACCACCUUGAGUCCAGAUGCCGUCCAGAGUGGGUCUUUCAAUGACGGGAGUAACGAGAUCGGUGCAGCAGAAGUUGGCCAAGCCAAGUCUCUCACUUCGAAAAACAACUUCAUCAACUACUGUGCUGGCAAGACCCUCACCAAUGGGCUUCAGAUCACCACGGGAUCUUGCAAUGGGAUCACUAUGGGUGAUAUCCCUGCAAAAUCCGCCAUGGUAUCUUCAAUUAUCACAUUCCCGCUCCCUGGCAGUGCAACCAUCGAAUCAGACACUACCUUCAAUAUCACUGUCCAGAUGGCUAAUCUGGUCGCCGGAUCCUUCACAAAUGCCGAUGCUACUUAUUACUCCGCACCACAGCAGCUUUCCGGCGGCAAGGUCGUAGGUCAUACCCAUGUGACCGUUCAGGACAUGGGAUCUAGUCUGAACCCUACAAGCGCUCUCGACCCUACUCAAUUUGCAUUCUUCAAAGGAAUCAAUGAUGCUGGAAAUGGAAAAGGUCUUCUUACUGCUCAAGUCACUGGCGGACUACCUGCCGGCCACUACCGCGUCUGUACUAUGGCAUCGGCUUCUAAUCACCAACCUGUGCUGAUGCCUGUUGCUCAACGAGGAACCCCUGAUGACUGUACCAAGUUUACGGUCAUCGGAAAAGGAACUACUGCAAAUGCUGCGAGCAACAAUGGGUCUGGGGGACAGGCAGCAGCUGCACUGGCGGCCUCCGCCGUUGCAGCCGGUCCAGAUGUUGCUGAGAGCACAAGCUCUUCUUCUUCUCAUACUUCUUCAACUUCUACUACAUCUUCCAGUUCCUCUACUACUACUUCAUCUAGUAAAAAUGGGAAGGGUGGAAAUGGGGGAAACGGUGGUGCGAAAGCCAUCUCAGAUGAAACCAAAUCAAGCACUACCUCAUCAUCAACUUCCACUUCGUCUUCGUCUUCGUCCUCAAAAUCAACAUCAGCCUCUAUCUCAUCAUCAUCGUCAUCAUCCUCCUCAACAACGACCUCAACUUCCUCUUCGUCAUCAAAAUCAACAUCAUCUUCAACGAUCUCAACCUCAACCUCAACCCCGACGGCAACCUCUGGCAUUUCAACAGACACGUCUAACUCCUCCGGGUCUGAUUCUUCUACAAAGGAAAUCAUAACCAUUCUUGAAUCUUUCUUCGAGUUCGUCGAAUCAGCCCUCGGCGGAGCUGUCCCACAGGUUGGAAAGUCCGAGUCAGAUUUCAGAUUUAACGUGCUGGGUGAAUUCUUCGAAGAUCUCCCUUCUGCGGCAGCCGCAUCUUGCGGGCACCAGUUCAACAGUUGUAUGGGCUUUGCUGGGUCCGGCUUUACCGAGGAAGACUGCGCCAACCAGAGAGAUACGUGUGCUUCCGCCGCUGCUACGCAACUUGCAACUGCUGCGACACCAGCCAUCAUGACUGCUACUCAAGUCCUUCCCGUAACGGCUUCGGUGACUGUUGGACAGGCUAUCGCUACGUCCACUGCUUCCAGCAUUACGUCCACUGCUUCCAGCAUUACGUCCACUGCUUCCAGCAUUACGUCCACUGCUUCCAGCAUUACGUCCACUGCUUCCGGCACUAAGACCAUUGCUUCCAGCACUACGCCCACUGCUUCCGGCACUACGACUACUGCUUCUAGCACUACGCCUACUGCUUCUAGCACUACGCCUACUGCUUCUAGCACUACGCCUACUGCUUCUAGCACUACGCCUACUGCUUCCGGCAAAAGUUCAAGCACCCCAGUUGCAAGCUCCGCUCCGGGCUCCGUUUUGGCUUCAGCGCCCUCACCAGCUAGAACGAGUGCUGCUGCCGUCGCUGGACAACACAAUGUUGGACACGAUGUAGCUCCCCCCCUGGAGAAAGAUGCUCCCACUCCCUCAGCUAGCGACAGUACUGUGACCCCAACUGUCACCGCCGAAGCCCACGGCGCACCCACCCACGCUGCGUGA